CUAGUCUUGCCUUCAAGCGCAAGUGGCAAAACAAGCGUAGGGCACUUGGCCUCCCCUGUGACAAGCCCAGCAUCGUCACCGACGCCAAUGUUUAGUGUGCUGGGAGAAAUUAGCGAGGGACUUUUAGGUGGAGCUGAAGGAAGUGAAGCUGACGGAAGUUUACUAUGUGCUGGACCUGGAGAAGGCGGUGGAGAUGGUGGACGAGAACACCAUCUGCGUCACCGCAAACCUUGGGUCGACGCUCAACGGCGAGUUCGAGGACGUGAAGAAGCUGAACGACAU